CAGGCAGCCGAGCUGGACGCUGACGCGCACGUUCUCUGCGCGAUCGCACCGAGAAAACUCCCAACAAAAUCCAUGUUUGUGGUUUGAUUCCUGCUCCUGUCGACGGUUCCUCCUCCUCCUCCUCCUCCUCCUCCUGGCUGCGUCUUCCCGACGAUGAUUCCUAGUUUCCCUUUCCGUCGGACUCUCCGAUGUUGUGCAGUCUACUACGCGAAGGCGUAAAUGUUCGUUUUUUUUUUCCUGAUUAGAGGUGGAUCUUCCCGGAUACGACGAGGAGGUAUAGCUCUACGAAUUGAAAAGCAAAACAAAAAAGGAAGCUUUGAACGGAAACAUUGAAAAAAAUGCCACGGAGGAAACAAGAAGCGCCCAAGCGCGCAGCAGCCUAUUCUCCUGAGGAGCUGACGGAGCACCCUGUGGAGGAAGCAGAAGCGGGAGAACGGCCCUCGGUACCUCAAGAUGACCUUCCCAUGAAGGAGGAGUUUGUGGAGCAAAGUGUAGGGACUGCCAAGGAGCAAGCAUGUGAUCAAGAAUCAGCUGACACCACUGAGCUCUCUGGACAAGAGAUGGACAGUGAGUCACAUGUUAGUGAGUCCAGUGACCGCCUUUCAGACUUUGAGAGCCCUUGCAGAAAAGCAGAGGCCGCAGCUUCUCAGAAUGCUGACGCCAAGACACCUCCCAUAUGCUCGGACACCUUAGAGCAAAUGAAAGCUAUCUACUCCAGUUUCCUGACCAGCCCUUUGUGGUCACCGCUGAACCUAAAUUCCACACCACUACAGGCACAGUCCUCUGCUUCAGCAGAGAAGCAAACGCGCAGCAACAGCACUAGCAGCAGUAGUAGCUGUAGCAGCGGUAGCUAUGACUGGCAUCAGUCGGCAGUGGCAAAGACACUGCAACAGCAUCCUCCUCAGAGUCGUCAUCCUGCUCCAUCUGAGCCCAGCCUCUUUAGUACAGUCCAGCUCCACAGGCAAAACCCCAAACUGUUUGGCUCAAUCUUCACCGGAGCCAGUAAGUUCCGUUGUAAGGGCUGUAGUGCUGCUUAUGACACCCUGGUGGAACUGACAGUUCACAUGAAUGAUACUGGCCACUAUCGUGAUGACAACCAGGACAAGACGGGCAGUGGUUCUAAGCGUUGGUCUAAGCCACGUAAGCGGUCCCUGCUGGAGAUGGAGGGGAAGGAGGAUGCCCAAAAAGUUUUGAAAUGCAUGUAUUGUGGCCACUCCUUUGAAUCCCUCCAGGAUCUAAGUGUCCAUAUGAUCAAGACCAAACACUACCAAAAGGUGCCUCUGAAGGAGCCCAUGGCCCCUGUGGCAGCCAAAAUCAUGUCCUCUAAGAAAAAGGCGCUUGUGGGUCUGGACCUCACUUCAGCACCACGCUCAAGAGAAGGAACACCCAAAGCAAAAGCAGAACUGAAUGAACUCUCACAGAAAGCUUCCUCCAGUCCUUACACCACCCCCAAUAACCGAUACAGCCACCAAAAUGGUGCUAGCUACACUUGGCAGUUUGAGUCUAAUAAACUUCAAAUCCUCAAGUGUAUGGAGUGUGGUAGCUCAUAUAAUACACUCCAAGAGUUAAGAACCCACAUGAUGGUGACGGGACACUUCUUGAGAGUGACCAGCACUGUGGGUAAAAAAAUCAAAACACUUCCUGAGGCCACCUCACCCAAUCCAGGAAGGGUCACCACACCUACUGAUCAGAGAGUCCAGUCUGUACCACUUGCACCCUCCAACUUUUCUCCUUCACCUCUUCAGACCACAUCAAUUUCACCUACCAACUCCCCUCCUCUAAAAGAAAUCAAAAAGGAGGAGGUUGAGGAGGAAUGCACCCAGUUCGAGACUGUUGAAAAUGAAAAAAAAGUCACAGUAAUGGUUGGUAAAGAGGAGGACGUUGAGAGGGAGGAAAAAUAUGACAUUUCAAAGUAUAAUUAUCUUACAGAGGAGGACCUGAAAGAGAGUCCUAAAGGGGGGCUAGAUAUUCUCAAAUCGCUGGAAAACACUGUGACAUCAGCUAUCAACAAGGCACAGAGUGGGAAUCCAAGCUGGGGGGGCUACCCCAGUAUUCAUGCAGCCUACCAGUUCCCAAAUGCCCUCAAACUCCAACAAGGCAGCAUGGAAAAGAACUCACAGAUGAAGUUCUUGUUCAAUGGAGGAGAUGGAGCCUUGUCCCCCUAUGCUAAAAACCAGCCACUCAUUUCCCCACCAUUAAAUCAGUCCUCCCCCUUUCCCACUAAUAAUUUUCAAGCAAUGGAAGAUUUGGUGAAAAAAGUGACAGAGAAAGUAGCAAAAGUAGAGCAAAAGGUUAAGCAGCUGUCCCCAAAGAGGGAAAACCAGCUGUCCCCUUGUAGUAGUGACACUGGAGAAUCACACAAGGGACGAGAGACUGACUCUCCUGGGGAGUGGAGGGAGGUUACUCCAGCUAAUAGUGACAAUGGAAGCCAUAGUGAAAGGGCAUCCCCAGCAACAGAAACCAAGAGAGACACAGCAGUAAAACCUCUUGCCUCACUGAGGUGCAGCACUGCCAUUAUCACUGGUCAUACUCCUCCUGAGCAGCCCUUUGUCAACCCACUAAGUGCUCUUCAGUCAGUAAUGAACAUUCAUUUGGGGAAAGCAGCCAAACCCUCUUUGCCAAAUCAAGAUCCCCUUAGCCUGCUUUCUAGGCUCAGCCAGAGCAUGACUGAGAAAGCUGCUGUGGCUGCCUCUCCAUUACAAACCAAAAAGCCAGAAAGUGUAGUUGAUAAUAGUUUUUGCCAGUUCAACGAUGACCAGCCUAUUGACCUCACGAAAAGCAAAAACGAUAAAGGAGGCUCUGUGAGCUCAGCCCCACUAACACCUUCAUCCACAGCCUCCUCAAUUUCCCCCAUCUCUCUUGUUACUCCUGCAAAGCUAACAGUGGUGUCUCCCUACACGUCCAGCAGUCCUCUGCAUGAAAAUGCAUUGUCUGAUAUCUCUGACAUGCUUCGAAAUCUGACACAAUCCCAUCCUGCAACAAAACCUCUUUCACGACCUCGGCUUGCAGAAAAACCGGAAGUUGUCGGAUCUACGCUCGAAGAGGAUGACUCAUCCCUGCAUGGACACAAACGCAAAGGCCGCCACUCCAACUGGAACCCACAGCACCUUCUCCUUUUGCAGGCCCAGUUUGCUUCCAGCCUCAGACAGACUUCAGAGGGAAAGUAUGUUAUUAAUGAUCUGAAUCCACAGGAAAGAAUGCACAUAUCUCGUUUCACCGGUCUCUCAAUGACCACCAUCAGCCACUGGUUGGCCAAUGUCAAGUACCAGUUACGGAGAACAGGGAGAACUAAGUUCCUCAAGAAUCUGGACUCCGGUCAGCCUAUUUUCUUCUGUAGUGACUGUGCCUCACAGAUUCGGACCCCAUCAGCUUAUGUGUGCCACCUGGAAGCUCACCUGGGCUUCAGAAUAAGAGACUUGGCCAAGAUGUCCCCCAAGCAGACUGUUAGGGACACUAAUGCUCUCACUGAGAAACUAGUGCCCCUGGAGUCCUUCAUUUCUCCACAAUCUCCAGAUGAUUGCAGCAGUAAUGGAGCAGUGUACCGCUGCCAGCUUUGCGUUCGAAAGUUUGCCACUAAGCACGCCAUCAAGCUUCACCUCAGCAAGAGCCAUGGGAAGUCUCCAGAGGACCAUCUGCUAUAUGUGUGUGAAUUAGACAAACAAUAAAUUUCUCUUAGCAGUAGGCAUACUGGAAAACAUGUAUAAUGACUUUUGAUCACAACAUAAUCUUCAAAAUAUGGGGUAAUAUACCAUGAACUACUGUUACAAAAUGUCAGCACAAGGUGUUUACAUCUGUUCGGCCUAUAAACAUUUCUGAUUUUCUGUAUUUCAAAAGACAAUUAUUUCACAUGGAAAUAGACUGUAGCUCAAAAAUAUUCAGCUUCCUCUGUGUUCAAUUUCAAAAUGUUUGACAACAAAAGUGAAUCUUUUGACUAGAGGGUCAACAUUAACUUGAAAUCUAUUGACUUCAUUGUAUUUAUUUUACAUUUUGAGAGUUUGGAUUUUAUUUGCUAGUAGACUGCAUGUUUUACUGUUGCAUCUGUACAGUCCUGUCUUGUUGAGAUUAGAAAACGCCCUUUGAAACAAGUCAUCUUUCAACACCUUCAAGCAGCCAAAUUCCUGGGAGAGCUCCUUAAAAGAAUCUGCCAAACAGCAGAAGUUCAUUAUUAUUAUUAUUAUUAUUAUUAUUAUUAUUUGUUAUUGUUUAUCAUAUUUCUUGCUGAUUGUAAAAUCUGCCUUAUUCAUGAUCAUUGAAUAAGGGGCACUUAAAAUCCAGGUCUGUGUAAAAAUGUAUAUAUAUAUAAAUAUAUAUAUAUUGUGUAAGCUUACAAUUUGCUGUUUAAAUUAUGCAUACUGUUAUAUUUCCUAAUUUAAGAGGACUAUGACUAUCCACUGGUGCAGAGCCUUUGAAGAAGGUUAAAAAGGACACUGUUUUGCACAAUAGUUUUAUAAAUGUUAUUUGAUAUAAAAAAAAACACUACAGAUAUGUUGAUGCCUUGUGCUUCUAUCAUUAAAUUGAAUUAAUU